GUGCAAUGACUCAACUGCCACCUCAAAUUUAUUUCCUUUUCCAUCGUGCUUACUCAAUUGUUAUUGAUUUUUCUUUUAGUAAGAAAAAACUAUAACAAGAAAUUAGAUAUGAUCAUUUCUAAGGCAUGCACUCACGCUAAUAUGUGAAUCGUUUCGGUCCACUAACUCGACCCAUAGUUACGAACUACAUUUGACUCGGCCCAUUUAGGAUGAACCCGCCCCAUUACAUGUUACCAGGCAGAGAGGCGGAGACCAUUAUCAAUAACCCAAUAUCCAUUGCAAUAGAGCCAGAUCCACAUUUAAGGCUUUAGCCCAAUGCCAACGCUUUAUCUUUAGUUGUCGUUUGAGUUUAGAGCUUAGCUACAUGCGACGGCCAGAACAAUGUCGUUUCAGCUGGUGAGGCUAUGCCAAUAUUAUUCAAGUCUCCAAAACCACCAACAGAUGGAGAGAAAUGGCAGCGGCGUCGUUUAGGUGGAUACUGCAAUUGCACAAGGACGUCCCAAAAGCCGCUCGGUUCUACUCCGAAGGCUUGGAUUUCACCGUCAACGUUUGCACUUUCCGCUGGGCCGAGCUUCAGUCCGGCCCACUCAAACUUGCCCUCAUGCAAUCCCCCAAUGACCAUGCCAUGCAGAAGGGCUACUCUUCCCUUGUAUCUUUCACAGUGUUGGACAUUAACCAAACAGUGACGAAGCUAAUGGCAUUAGGAGCUGAGCUAGAUGGUCCUAUCAAAUACGAAAUCCAUGGGAAGGUUGCUGCCCUGCGAUGUAUUGAUGGGCACAUGUUAGGCCUCUAUGAACCAGCGUAGGGCUCCAGAAGCAAAGCUCUUCGAUAAUGACCUCACUUCGGGGAGGACGCUCUUUAGAGGACGAAGUAAUAAUGGUCUGUACCCACUGCGCUUUCAUCAAUAACAUGGUCUUGAUCCCGGAGGACAUUUUGCUUUUGUUGGUGCACGAGUGACAGCCCAGAUUUGGCAUUUUCGCCUUGGUCAUGCAUCACCCAAAAUUUUAUCUAGAGUUUUAGAAAAUAAAACUGUGCCAUUAUCUGGCACUUCAUCCAUGUCUUUUUGUCAGUCCUGUCCUUUAGGAAAAAGUAUGAAGUUACCAUUUCAAUUGUCAGACUCUGUAUCAAAUUAUCCUUUGGAUCUUA